CAGAUUGCGCUUGAGUUUAUGACAAUUAGCCGUUUAAAUUCAAUUAAAGCAACGUAAACAAUCACUAAUACAAGAAUAAAGUCCGCCAAAAACCAACAAGCAAACUGCACUUACACGCAAUUUACGUAAGAAUUAAAAAAGUGCGCAGUGAAAAACAAUAGAAAUUGAACAACAACAGCGUUGUUGGCCAAAAAACUACCCAACGAAUACGCACGCACACAUUGCCGACGACGACAUUAAGAACAAACACUUGCAUAUACAUAUAUACAUUUAUAUAUGCGUAUAUAUAAAAAUACAUAUAUACAGUGUACAUUUGUAAGCCGAAAACCACAAACAAUUGACAUUGGGUCAGUCACCACCUGUUUGUUUAUGGCGGCGACUCAAACUAGCAAUAAUUGUUAACACAUUGGGUCCGUGCCUUUGUCAGCUGUUGUUGUUGCUGCGAAUUGUUUAUAAUAUUAGUAAUCAUACGUAUGUACAUGCAUUGUACAUAAACCCAUGCGCAAUUGACAUUCUCGCUGGUCGCGUGUCAUCUGAAUAUAUAUUACUUAUUUAUGGCUUCAAAUGCACAGCUCGGAAAAAUCAUUUUGUUGAGCGCAAUUGCCGUCUUUUUUUACUACUUUUUUUGGGUAGCGAUUCUCCCGUUUAUGAUACUCGAUGAAGGUAAUCCCAUACUUUCGUUAUUUCCGCCGCUGAAGUACGCAUUCAUUGUGCCCACAGUAUUUGGGGUCAUCUGCCUGGGCGGCAUUGCCGUAUUCUCCUUCUAUCACAUUUGGAACAUUACCCACGCGAAGCCAACAAAUUGAAGACAGAGACACACACACGCGCACACACGGAUGAGCCACGUCAGAAUAGGUCACGGCACUGGAUAGAUU